GCGCGGCGGGCGGGGCGCGGGCGCGGGACGUAGCGCGGGGCUGCGGCGGGCGCUGCACCACUCGGGCCCCGGCGCGGACAGCGGAGGGCUUUGGUCAAGUUGGUGGGUGUUCUUCCAGAAGACGAUGGACCAUGCUAGAGCCGCAAUCUCAAACUUGCUUGGUGGUGAGCCAACGUCAUACACACGCUUCAGUAUUGCCCGGCAAACGGAUGGAGACAACAGCCAUGUGGAGAUGAAGCUGUCUGCUGAUGAUGAGGAAGGAGGGGAGAUUGGGAGACCAGAACACCUGCACACAAGCAUGCCUCCUCCAUGGAGAAACGGCAAGAACCUCUGCUUCCUAGUCAUCACAGUUGUCCUCCUCCUUUUGAUUGGGUUUCUGAUUGGCUACUUGAGUUUUCGUGGACGAAUGCAGAAGGCUGGGAGGUGUCUGGAUGGAACUGGCAAGUGUGAGAUGACUCCUACUGCAUCAUACUUAAUGGAUGAUGAUGAAACUGAGGAAGAAGAGGUUCCUGGACCACCUGUCUUCUACUGGCCUGAACUCAGAGCCCUGUUUUCAAAUAAGCUGUCAACUCAACAUCUUGAGAGCAACUUGAGGCAAAGAGCAAGUAAGUACUCUUUUGAAGCUGGCCAGAGUGACGAUGAAACCACCGCCAGCUACAUUCAUAACCAAUUCAACAGCUUCCUCAUGGAUCAAGUGUGGAACGAUGAGCACUACAUUAAGCUGCAGGUCAAAGGCAGUACCAACAACAAAGUGUCUAUUCUGGAAGAUGAUAAAGAGGAGGAACUGGAGAGUCCCAGUGCGUACGUGGCAUACAGCAAGAAUGGCACAGUUGUUGGCAGACCAGUCUAUGUGAACUAUGGACGGAAAGAUGAUUUUCAGAAGAUACAGGGUGUUUCACUGAAUGAAACAAUAAUCAUCUUCAGAGCUGGAAAAAUAACCCUUGCUGAGAAGGUUGCAAAUGCCCAAGAGGCAGGAGCAGUUGGUGCCCUGAUGUACCUGGACCCCUCUGAUUACAAGAACACAGACAACCUUGUCCCCUUUGCACAUGCUCACCUUGGAACUGGAGACCCAUUCACCCCAGGCUUCCCUUCUUUCAACCACACCCAGUUCCCACCAGUGGAAUCUUCUGGACUGCCUCGCAUUGCUGUUCAGACCAUCUCAAGCAGAGCAGUACGCAGGCUGUUCAGCAAAAUGGAUGGAGAGGAAUGCCUUCAGGACUGGAAGGGUGGAGUCAUAGGAUGUAAGGUGAUGGUGAAGAACACAAGCAAGAUGACAGUGAAACUGAGUGUGAACAACAUUAUGACGGACAGGAAGAUUUUGAACAUCUUUGGUGCUAUCAAGGGGUUCGAAGAACCAGAUCGGUAUGUUGUGAUUGGAGCCCAGAGAGACUCCUGGGGCCCAGGAGCAGCCAAGGCUGGUGUGGGAACAGCCAUGUUGUUGGAACUUGCCCGUGUGAUUUCAGAGAUGGUGAAAAAAGAUGGCUACAAACCAAGGCGUAGCAUCAUCUUCGCUAGCUGGAGUGCGGGAGAUUACGGAGCUGUGGGUGCUACUGAAUGGCUGGAGGGGUAUUCUGCCUUGCUGCAUGCCAAAGUCUUCACCUACAUUAACUUGGAUGCUGCAGUCCUAGGCUCCAACCACAUGAAGAUUUCUGCCAGCCCAUUGCUGUACACCUUACUGGAGAGAACAAUGAAGGGGGUGAAGGACCCAGCAAAGGAUUUGGGAAGCCUAUAUGACAGAGUUGGCUCCAACUGGGUAAAAACAAUUGUUCCCCUUGGUCUGGAUAAUGCAGCAUUCCCUUUCCUGGCCUACUCGGGCAUCCCAGUGGUUUCCUUUGGCUUCUGCAAUAAAGAUGAGGAAUAUGCGUUCUUGGGCACUACUGAGGACACUGUGGAUAACCUGAAGAAAACUGAGAAAUUGUAUGAUCUUAUGUAUGCUGCUGCACAAGUUGCUGGACACAUAGCUCUCAGGCUGACCCACGAUCAUGAGCUCUUCCUGGACUUCGAGAGAUACAGCGAAGAAUUGCUAUUGUUCCAGGAGAAGUUUUUACCCUAUUAUCGGGAUUUGAAGGCGCUGGGGCUGACUUUGGACUGGCUGUUUUUUGCCCGUGGUGACUUCCGGCGAGCUACAGAAGCACUGAGCGGAGACAUUGCGAACAGUGACAGGGAAAACAAGAUCAUCCGCAGAUCCUUGAAUGACAGGAUCAUGAAGGUGGAGUAUGACUUCCUCUCCCCAUACGUCUCACCAAAAGAUACUCCCUUUCGCCACAUCUUCUUCGGCAGAGGCUCACAUACCCUGCAGAGUCUGCUGGAGAACCUGCAACUGCUGAAAACCAACCCAGACAGUGUGGACAUAAGCAUACUGAAAGAGCAGCUGGCACUGGCAACCUGGACCAUAAAAGGGGCUGCCAAUGCCUUGGGAGGUGAUAUCUGGAAUACAGACAAUGAAUUCUAGACAUGGCAAACACCUAUUUAAGGUACAGGGUUAGGGAAACCCACUCCCUAACAUGGCAUUAUUUUUCUGUAGAGUUUCUGGCAACAAAUCUUUUUUGACCAAAGUUGAGCAUAAAAUUUAGAUCUCACCUUGACAAAUUCACAGGAGGCAGUUUUAAAGCAAGUACUAAGAUGACCAUGGAAUCUCCUCUGACCAGGCUCCCAUCUGACCACAGUCCAGAUCGGUCACAUACAGCUGCCUGUGGGGCUUGCUCUCCAGUGUACUUGAAAACUAACAGCUCAGGUGACUCCUGAACUGGUAUCUCAAGUGAGGAGGUACCUCAUCUAUUUAGGGUUUUAGUUGUUGUCACCCUAAACCUAGUGACAAAACAGGGAAUGGAUUCCUUUUAACACUUGUAAUGAGGAUCCCUUCUCUGUCAGGGAGCUGCAGAGACCAACCUGUAGUUCAAGAAUAAAAUGACGAAGUAAUAGCCUGCAAGUGCUGGAUUAUCAGCAAGCUCUGAAGUGCCCGGCUUGCCUUUACUCGACAGCAGGGUCCCAGUGACAUCUUGGAGGCUUGCUUCUGCUGAGGCGGGUCUUGAAUAUGCAGAGAAAAUGACCCAAAGAUUAUCUUAUGCCCCUCUUCCCAUAUAUCCUUAGCUGGCACCUCAGCAAGUCCUGUGGCAUUGAGAAAUGGCUCUAGACUGUCACUUCAGACCUUGCUGCUCUGCGGCCUUUUGUGAAAUCGAGUCUCUUGCUGGCCAAACCCUGUUAGACUGGUGCCAUUUUGCAGGAUGGCUCUUGUUUGGCACAGAGAUAUUUAUUUGUUUAUUUAUUUAUCAGUGACAGCGUUCACUAUAAAUGGUGUGGUUUUUUUAUAGAAGAUAAUUAUCGGAAGCAGUGCCUUCCAUAAUUAUGACAGUUAUACUGUCGUUUUUGAAUAAAGCAGCAUCUGCUAUUACAAUCAAACAUGAUACUGGAACUUUGCAUUUAAAAUAAUCUAACCAGGCCCCUCCAAAAAACUGUUUUUGAAAACUAGCAAUUAAGCUUUCUGUGGCAAAAACACCCCCUUGGAAGAAACUUGGGAGAUGUAAACCUAGUAGCAAGUCUCUGGGUUGUGCUCCAAAGUGAUCCUUGAAAUGCUGAAAACCUGGGUGGAAACUCAAAAUACUAGAAAUUUCCUGCGGUGUCCAUGCUCCUCCUCUGUGGGCUUCAGACUCCCUCUUUACCCCCCUUUGUGGAUGCUGUGUGCUCUCAUGGGGAGCACGGCUUCCUUCCUGGCCCCGGUGCUGGUGGAGGUCGCUGUGGAGCUCUCGCUCCACCCGCAGCAAGACAAACAAACUUCGUGUACCUCAGAUUAGGCAUUGGCCCAAUUUUUAAAUGGCAGCUUCCUGCAAACUUCCAGUACCUUAUGUAUCAUGAAAUCUAACUGACAUUAUCGGGGGCAGUGUCUUCCAUAAUGUGUAAAGAACAAGGUAGUUUUUGCCUACCACAGUGUUAUAUCGGAGGCAGUGACCUCCAUAUGUUGCACUAUGGGUGUACGUAAUUAUCGGGGACAGUGUUUCCCAUAAUUGUUCUAUGCUUAUCAUGCAAUGUCAUCUGCGAAGCUUGAUGGUUAGUAUCUAACAUGGAUCAAUUUCCUGCAGUCCUAUUUUUUCACUCUCCUGUGGUGAUGCUGAUACAAAUUUCAGUCUGUUAUAUACUUCCCUAGGCUCUGCCUUCUCCAUAGGCUGAACUGUUUCAAAUAGCUGUGCUGUCUUGAAGUGACCUCCUGCCUCCAGUCACAGGACUGGUGCUUGAAUGUUUAGUGGGAACUAGACUAGUUAGACUGUGUGCUCUGUGAUUUAGUAAACUUCCUUCAAAUAAGUUACAAAGACAUGGGCAAGAAAAGGUGAAUGUAGCCUCAGGGCUCACUGUCUAUAGUGCUCUGGUCACUGCUCUAAGAUCGGGGUGUCUGUACUAGUGAAGAGGCUGGCCUGCUUUGGCACUGGGCUGCUGCUAGUGUGCCUGCAUGGGGAGCUGCUUGCUCCCCAGGUCUUGCUGGAAACUCCAGUCUUGCCUCUUGGGUGUUGUGUGGAGGGGGGGGCAGAAAUGAGUGGCACCUUUCUUAUGGUGCCCCUCUGUUCCCUCACCUGAAGCUGAACGCUGCUGCGCUCUGACACCUGUGAAACUGCUGCCUGUUUCCAAAAAGCAGCUGUAUCUGGGUGUCACCAGCAGUGUACUCAGCAAAGAGAUUAUCUGGCAUUUAAAACUAAACUUGAGCAAGUGACCUGAGCCCUGGCAGCAGUCCUUGAGGGAAAGAAUAUUGUUCAGAUGGUGCAGAGACCUGGGCCUCCACAAGAAAUGGGCAAGGAUGAGCUCCCAGCCUAGUUACUGAGCUCAGUGCUUGCCAACUUGAAGGGCUGGAUUUUCAUCGGUCUUUCUAGAAGCCCGGUGCCCAGGCUUGUGUGACUCCUUGAUUUUCCUUAACUAUCCUGCUGUCGGAGGCAUGUG